GGAGACUGCGGGUGAAUGAAUCAUAACGUCAGGAUGGCUUUACCAAAGGCAGUAGGAUACAUGGUUGUUCUUGUGGUUAUAUGCUACAGUCUGGAGGCUCAGGGAUACACACAGUCUCUGGAUUCCUCUGAUUAUGUCCUCCAAGUUGUUCUAAACAUCUCUGACCUGGAGCACCUCCGAACGCUUUUGAACACAUUCAGUCCUGUGCUCAUCAACAACACUGUUGAAAUUAACAGCAUUGCCGCAACAACAGUGUGUUCACCAAAUACGACUGGAUACCAGUGCAGAUGUGAGCCGAGUUUUGCUUGGUCAUAUAACAGCUGCAUUGACUAUGGAGCCUGUGAUGCGAUCAUCGAUGACACAUGUGGAUGCAUUAAUGGGCUUCCAGCUGACGGCCAGUACUGCCAGCUUAACACCAGUCUACCAGAAGUCGUUAUAUAUGACAUUGCUCUAGUCCUUGAAUGGCGUAUCCCAGUCUCCAGUGUGCCAUCAGAUUUCAUUGAACUAUUCAGGAACACUGUGAGAAAGGUCUUGCUCCCCUACACCAUCACUCAGUCUUUAAAUGUAACAGGCUUAAAUUUCACCACAGGGUGCUAUCCAAACUCCACUGGAGGACUGCAGUGUCACUGUGAGGAGCAGUUUGCUUGGUCAUGUGACCAGUGCAACAUCUACGGUGCGUGCAGCAAUGCCACCAGCCAAACCUGUGGGUGCAUAAAUGGACUUCCGUCUGAUGGAGCGCUCUGUGAACCAAUCACAAAUAUCACACCGUGUCCAACCCCACCUCCUGAAGUCGUUAUAUAUGACAUUGCUCUAGUCCUUGAAUGGCGUAUCCCAGUCUCCAGUGUGCCAUCAGAUUUCAUUGAACUAUUCAGGAACACUGUGAGAAAGGUCUUGCUCCCCUACACCAUCACUCAGUCUUUAAAUGUAACAGGCUUAAAUUUCACCACAGGGUGCUAUCCAAACUCCACUGGAGGACUGCAGUGUCACUGUGAGGAGCAGUUUGCUUGGUCAUGUGACCAGUGCAACAUCUACGGUGCGUGCAGCAAUGCCACCAGCCAAACCUGUGGGUGCAUAAAUGGACUUCCGUCUGAUGGAGCGCUCUGUGAACCAAUCACAAAUAUCACACCGUGUCCAACCCCACCUCCUGAAGUCGUUAUAUAUGACAUUGCUCUAGUCCUUGAAUGGCGUAUCCCAGUCUCCAGUGUGCCAUCAGAUUUCAUUGAACUAUUCAGGAACACUGUGAGAAAGGUCUUGCUCCCCUACACCAUCACUCAGUCUUUAAAUGUAACAGGCUUAAAUUUCACCACAGGGUGCUAUCCAAACUCCACUGGAGGACUGCAGUGUCACUGUGAGGAGCAGUUUGCUUGGUCAUGUGACCAGUGCAACAUCUACGGUGCGUGCAGCAAUGCCACCAGCCAAACCUGUGGGUGCAUAAAUGGACUUCCGUCUGAUGGAGCGCUCUGUGAACCAAUCACAAAUAUCACACCGUGUCCAACCCCACCUCCUGAAGUCGUUAUAUAUGACAUUGCUCUAGUCCUUGAAUGGCGUAUCCCAGUCUCCAGUGUGCCAUCAGAUUUCAUUGAACUAUUCAGGAACACUGUGAGAAAGGUCUUGCUCCCCUACACCAUCACUCAGUCUUUAAAUGUAACAGGCUUAAAUUUCACCACAGGGUGCUAUCCAAACUCCACUGGAGGACUGCAGUGUCACUGUGAGGAGCAGUUUGCUUGGUCAUGUGACCAGUGCAACAUCUACGGUGCGUGCAGCAAUGCCACCAGCCAAACCUGUGGGUGCAUAAAUGGACUUCCGUCUGAUGGAGCGCUCUGUGAACCAAUCACAAAUAUCACACCGUGUCCAACCCCACCUCCUGAAGUCGUUAUAUAUGACAUUGCUCUAGUCCUUGAAUGGCGUAUCCCAGUCUCCAGUGUGCCAUCAGAUUUCAUUGAACUAUUCAGGAACACUGUGAGAAAGGUCUUGCUCCCCUACACCAUCACUCAGUCUUUAAAUGUAACAGGCUUAAAUUUCACCACAGGGUGCUAUCCAAACUCCACUGGAGGACUGCAGUGUCACUGUGAGGAGCAGUUUGCUUGGUCAUGUGACCAGUGCAACAUCUACGGUGCGUGCAGCAAUGCCACCAGCCAAACCUGUGGGUGCAUAAAUGGACUUCCGUCUGAUGGAGCGCUCUGUGAACCAAUCACAAAUAUCACACCGUGUCCAACCCCACCUCCUGAAGUCGUUAUAUAUGACAUUGCUCUAGUCCUUGAAUGGCGUAUCCCAGUCUCCAGUGUGCCAUCAGAUUUCAUUGAACUAUUCAGGAACACUGUGAGAAAGGUCUUGCUCCCCUACACCAUCACUCAGUCUUUAAAUGUAACAGGCUUAAAUUUCACCACAGGGUGCUAUCCAAACUCCACUGGAGGACUGCAGUGUCACUGUGAGGAGCAGUUUGCUUGGUCAUGUGACCAGUGCAACAUCUACGGUGCGUGCAGCAAUGCCACCAGCCAAACCUGUGGGUGCAUAAAUGGACUUCCGUCUGAUGGAGCGCUCUGUGAACCAAUCACAAAUAUCACACCGUGUCCAACCCCACCUCCUGAAGUCGUUAUAUAUGACAUUGCUCUAGUCCUUGAAUGGCGUAUCCCAGUCUCCAGUGUGCCAUCAGAUUUCAUUGAACUAUUCAGGAACACUGUGAGAAAGGUCUUGCUCCCCUACACCAUCACUCAGUCUUUAAAUGUAACAGGCUUAAAUUUCACCACAGGGUGCUAUCCAAACUCCACUGGAGGACUGCAGUGUCACUGUGAGGAGCAGUUUGCUUGGUCAUGUGACCAGUGCAACAUCUACGGUGCGUGCAGCAAUGCCACCAGCCAAACCUGUGGGUGCAUAAAUGGACUUCCGUCUGAUGGAGCGCUCUGUGAACCAAUCACAAAUAUCACACCGUGUCCAACCCCACCUCCUGAAGUCGUUAUAUAUGACAUUGCUCUAGUCCUUGAAUGGCGUAUCCCAGUCUCCAGUGUGCCAUCAGAUUUCAUUGAACUAUUCAGGAACACUGUGAGAAAGGUCUUGCUCCCCUACACCAUCACUCAGUCUUUAAAUGUAACAGGCUUAAAUUUCACCACAGGGUGCUAUCCAAACUCCACUGGAGGACUGCAGUGUCACUGUGAGGAGCAGUUUGCUUGGUCAUGUGACCAGUGCAACAUCUACGGUGCGUGCAGCAAUGCCACCAGCCAAACCUGUGGGUGCAUAAAUGGACUUCCGUCUGAUGGAGCGCUCUGUGAACCAAUCACAAAUAUCACACCGUGUCCAACCCCACCUCCUGAAGUCGUUAUAUAUGACAUUGCUCUAGUCCUUGAAUGGCGUAUCCCAGUCUCCAGUGUGCCAUCAGAUUUCAUUGAACUAUUCAGGAACACUGUGAGAAAGGUCUUGCUCCCCUACACCAUCACUCAGUCUUUAAAUGUAACAGGCUUAAAUUUCACCACAGGGUGCUAUCCAAACUCCACUGGAGGACUGCAGUGUCACUGUGAGGAGCAGUUUGCUUGGUCAUGUGACCAGUGCAACAUCUACGGUGCGUGCAGCAAUGCCACCAGCCAAACCUGUGGGUGCAUAAAUGGACUUCCGUCUGAUGGAGCGCUCUGUGAACCAAUCACAAAUAUCACACCGUGUCCAACCCCACCUCCUGAAGUCGUUAUAUAUGACAUUGCUCUAGUCCUUGAAUGGCGUAUCCCAGUCUCCAGUGUGCCAUCAGAUUUCAUUGAACUAUUCAGGAACACUGUGAGAAAGGUCUUGCUCCCCUACACCAUCACUCAGUCUUUAAAUGUAACAGGCUUAAAUUUCACCACAGGGUGCUAUCCAAACUCCACUGGAGGACUGCAGUGUCACUGUGAGGAGCAGUUUGCUUGGUCAUGUGACCAGUGCAACAUCUACGGUGCGUGCAGCAAUGCCACCAGCCAAACCUGUGGGUGCAUAAAUGGACUUCCGUCUGAUGGAGCGCUCUGUGAACCAAUCACAAAUAUCACACCGUGUCCAACCCCACCUCCUGAAGUCGUUAUAUAUGACAUUGCUCUAGUCCUUGAAUGGCGUAUCCCAGUCUCCAGUGUGCCAUCAGAUUUCAUUGAACUAUUCAGGAACACUGUGAGAAAGGUCUUGCUCCCCUACACCAUCACUCAGUCUUUAAAUGUAACAGGCUUAAAUUUCACCACAGGGUGCUAUCCAAACUCCACUGGAGGACUGCAGUGUCACUGUGAGGAGCAGUUUGCUUGGUCAUGUGACCAGUGCAACAUCUACGGUGCGUGCAGCAAUGCCACCAGCCAAACCUGUGGGUGCAUAAAUGGACUUCCGUCUGAUGGAGCGCUCUGUGAACCAAUCACAAAUAUCACACCGUGUCCAACCCCACCUCCUGAAGUCGUUAUAUAUGACAUUGCUCUAGUCCUUGAAUGGCGUAUCCCAGUCUCCAGUGUGCCAUCAGAUUUCAUUGAACUAUUCAGGAACACUGUGAGAAAGGUCUUGCUCCCCUACACCAUCACUCAGUCUUUAAAUGUAACAGGCUUAAAUUUCACCACAGGGUGCUAUCCAAACUCCACUGGAGGACUGCAGUGUCACUGUGAGGAGCAGUUUGCUUGGUCAUGUGACCAGUGCAACAUCUACGGUGCGUGCAGCAAUGCCACCAGCCAAACCUGUGGGUGCAUAAAUGGACUUCCGUCUGAUGGAGCGCUCUGUGAACCAAUCACAAAUAUCACACCGUGUCCAACCCCACCUCCUGAAGUCGUUAUAUAUGACAUUGCUCUAGUCCUUGAAUGGCGUAUCCCAGUCUCCAGUGUGCCAUCAGAUUUCAUUGAACUAUUCAGGAACACUGUGAGAAAGGUCUUGCUCCCCUACACCAUCACUCAGUCUUUAAAUGUAACAGGCUUAAAUUUCACCACAGGGUGCUAUCCAAACUCCACUGGAGGACUGCAGUGUCACUGUGAGGAGCAGUUUGCUUGGUCAUGUGACCAGUGCAACAUCUACGGUGCGUGCAGCAAUGCCACCAGCCAAACCUGUGGGUGCAUAAAUGGACUUCCGUCUGAUGGAGCGCUCUGUGAACCAAUCACAAAUAUCACACCGUGUCCAACCCCACCUCCUGAAGUCGUUAUAUAUGACAUUGCUCUAGUCCUUGAAUGGCGUAUCCCAGUCUCCAGUGUGCCAUCAGAUUUCAUUGAACUAUUCAGGAACACUGUGAGAAAGGUCUUGCUCCCCUACACCAUCACUCAGUCUUUAAAUGUAACAGGCUUAAAUUUCACCACAGGGUGCUAUCCAAACUCCACUGGAGGACUGCAGUGUCACUGUGAGGAGCAGUUUGCUUGGUCAUGUGACCAGUGCAACAUCUACGGUGCGUGCAGCAAUGCCACCAGCCAAACCUGUGGGUGCAUAAAUGGACUUCCGUCUGAUGGAGCGCUCUGUGAACCAAUCACAAAUAUCACACCGUGUCCAACCCCACCUCCUGAAGUCGUUAUAUAUGACAUUGCUCUAGUCCUUGAAUGGCGUAUCCCAGUCUCCAGUGUGCCAUCAGAUUUCAUUGAACUAUUCAGGAACACUGUGAGAAAGGUCUUGCUCCCCUACACCAUCACUCAGUCUUUAAAUGUAACAGGCUUAAAUUUCACCACAGGGUGCUAUCCAAACUCCACUGGAGGACUGCAGUGUCACUGUGAGGAGCAGUUUGCUUGGUCAUGUGACCAGUGCAACAUCUACGGUGCGUGCAGCAAUGCCACCAGCCAAACCUGUGGGUGCAUAAAUGGACUUCCGUCUGAUGGAGCGCUCUGUGAACCAAUCACAAAUAUCACACCGUGUCCAACCCCACCUCCUGAAGUCGUUAUAUAUGACAUUGCUCUAGUCCUUGAAUGGCGUAUCCCAGUCUCCAGUGUGCCAUCAGAUUUCAUUGAACUAUUCAGGAACACUGUGAGAAAGGUCUUGCUCCCCUACACCAUCACUCAGUCUUUAAAUGUAACAGGCUUAAAUUUCACCACAGGGUGCUAUCCAAACUCCACUGGAGGACUGCAGUGUCACUGUGAGGAGCAGUUUGCUUGGUCAUGUGACCAGUGCAACAUCUACGGUGCGUGCAGCAAUGCCACCAGCCAAACCUGUGGGUGCAUAAAUGGACUUCCGUCUGAUGGAGCGCUCUGUGAACCAAUCACAAAUAUCACACCGUGUCCAACCCCACCUCCUGAAGUCGUUAUAUAUGACAUUGCUCUAGUCCUUGAAUGGCGUAUCCCAGUCUCCAGUGUGCCAUCAGAUUUCAUUGAACUAUUCAGGAACACUGUGAGAAAGGUCUUGCUCCCCUACACCAUCACUCAGUCUUUAAAUGUAACAGGCUUAAAUUUCACCACAGGGUGCUAUCCAAACUCCACUGGAGGACUGCAGUGUCACUGUGAGGAGCAGUUUGCUUGGUCAUGUGACCAGUGCAACAUCUACGGUGCGUGCAGCAAUGCCACCAGCCAAACCUGUGGGUGCAUAAAUGGACUUCCGUCUGAUGGAGCGCUCUGUGAACCAAUCACAAAUAUCACACCGUGUCCAACCCCACCUCCUGAAGUCGUUAUAUAUGACAUUGCUCUAGUCCUUGAAUGGCGUAUCCCAGUCUCCAGUGUGCCAUCAGAUUUCAUUGAACUAUUCAGGAACACUGUGAGAAAGGUCUUGCUCCCCUACACCAUCACUCAGUCUUUAAAUGUAACAGGCUUAAAUUUCACCACAGGGUGCUAUCCAAACUCCACUGGAGGACUGCAGUGUCACUGUGAGGAGCAGUUUGCUUGGUCAUGUGACCAGUGCAACAUCUACGGUGCGUGCAGCAAUGCCACCAGCCAAACCUGUGGGUGCAUAAAUGGACUUCCGUCUGAUGGAGCGCUCUGUGAACCAAUCACAAAUAUCACACCGUGUCCAACCCCACCUCCUGAAGUCGUUAUAUAUGACAUUGCUCUAGUCCUUGAAUGGCGUAUCCCAGUCUCCAGUGUGCCAUCAGAUUUCAUUGAACUAUUCAGGAACACUGUGAGAAAGGUCUUGCUCCCCUACACCAUCACUCAGUCUUUAAAUGUAACAGGCUUAAAUUUCACCACAGGGUGCUAUCCAAACUCCACUGGAGGACUGCAGUGUCACUGUGAGGAGCAGUUUGCUUGGUCAUGUGACCAGUGCAACAUCUACGGUGCGUGCAGCAAUGCCACCAGCCAAACCUGUGGGUGCAUAAAUGGACUUCCGUCUGAUGGAGCGCUCUGUGAACCAAUCACAAAUAUCACACCGUGUCCAACCCCACCUCCUGAAGUCGUUAUAUAUGACAUUGCUCUAGUCCUUGAAUGGCGUAUCCCAGUCUCCAGUGUGCCAUCAGAUUUCAUUGAACUAUUCAGGAACACUGUGAGAAAGGUCUUGCUCCCCUACACCAUCACUCAGUCUUUAAAUGUAACAGGCUUAAAUUUCACCACAGGGUGCUAUCCAAACUCCACUGGAGGACUGCAGUGUCACUGUGAGGAGCAGUUUGCUUGGUCAUGUGACCAGUGCAACAUCUACGGUGCGUGCAGCAAUGCCACCAGCCAAACCUGUGGGUGCAUAAAUGGACUUCCGUCUGAUGGAGCGCUCUGUGAACCAAUCACAAAUAUCACACCGUGUCCAACCCCACCUCCUGAAGUCGUUAUAUAUGACAUUGCUCUAGUCCUUGAAUGGCGUAUCCCAGUCUCCAGUGUGCCAUCAGAUUUCAUUGAACUAUUCAGGAACACUGUGAGAAAGGUCUUGCUCCCCUACACCAUCACUCAGUCUUUAAAUGUAACAGGCUUAAAUUUCACCACAGGGUGCUAUCCAAACUCCACUGGAGGACUGCAGUGUCACUGUGAGGAGCAGUUUGCUUGGUCAUGUGACCAGUGCAACAUCUACGGUGCGUGCAGCAAUGCCACCAGCCAAACCUGUGGGUGCAUAAAUGGACUUCCGUCUGAUGGAGCGCUCUGUGAACCAAUCACAAAUAUCACACCGUGUCCAACCCCACCUCCUGAAGUCGUUAUAUAUGACAUUGCUCUAGUCCUUGAAUGGCGUAUCCCAGUCUCCAGUGUGCCAUCAGAUUUCAUUGAACUAUUCAGGAACACUGUGAGAAAGGUCUUGCUCCCCUACACCAUCACUCAGUCUUUAAAUGUAACAGGCUUAAAUUUCACCACAGGGUGCUAUCCAAACUCCACUGGAGGACUGCAGUGUCACUGUGAGGAGCAGUUUGCUUGGUCAUGUGACCAGUGCAACAUCUACGGUGCGUGCAGCAAUGCCACCAGCCAAACCUGUGGGUGCAUAAAUGGACUUCCGUCUGAUGGAGCGCUCUGUGAACCAAUCACAAAUAUCACACCGUGUCCAACCCCACCUCCUGAAGUCGUUAUAUAUGACAUUGCUCUAGUCCUUGAAUGGCGUAUCCCAGUCUCCAGUGUGCCAUCAGAUUUCAUUGAACUAUUCAGGAACACUGUGAGAAAGGUCUUGCUCCCCUACACCAUCACUCAGUCUUUAAAUGUAACAGGCUUAAAUUUCACCACAGGGUGCUAUCCAAACUCCACUGGAGGACUGCAGUGUCACUGUGAGGAGCAGUUUGCUUGGUCAUGUGACCAGUGCAACAUCUACGGUGCGUGCAGCAAUGCCACCAGCCAAACCUGUGGGUGCAUAAAUGGACUUCCGUCUGAUGGAGCGCUCUGUGAACCAAUCACAAAUAUCACACCGUGUCCAACCCCACCUCCUGAAGUCGUUAUAUAUGACAUUGCUCUAGUCCUUGAAUGGCGUAUCCCAGUCUCCAGUGUGCCAUCAGAUUUCAUUGAACUAUUCAGGAACACUGUGAGAAAGGUCUUGCUCCCCUACACCAUCACUCAGUCUUUAAAUGUAACAGGCUUAAAUUUCACCACAGGGUGCUAUCCAAACUCCACUGGAGGACUGCAGUGUCACUGUGAGGAGCAGUUUGCUUGGUCAUGUGACCAGUGCAACAUCUACGGUGCGUGCAGCAAUGCCACCAGCCAAACCUGUGGGUGCAUAAAUGGACUUCCGUCUGAUGGAGCGCUCUGUGAACCAAUCACAAAUAUCACACCGUGUCCAACCCCACCUCCUGAAGUCGUUAUAUAUGACAUUGCUCUAGUCCUUGAAUGGCGUAUCCCAGUCUCCAGUGUGCCAUCAGAUUUCAUUGAACUAUUCAGGAACACUGUGAGAAAGGUCUUGCUCCCCUACACCAUCACUCAGUCUUUAAAUGUAACAGGCUUAAAUUUCACCACAGGGUGCUAUCCAAACUCCACUGGAGGACUGCAGUGUCACUGUGAGGAGCAGUUUGCUUGGUCAUGUGACCAGUGCAACAUCUACGGUGCGUGCAGCAAUGCCACCAGCCAAACCUGUGGGUGCAUAAAUGGACUUCCGUCUGAUGGAGCGCUCUGUGAACCAAUCACAAAUAUCACACCGUGUCCAACCCCACCUCCUGAAGUCGUUAUAUAUGACAUUGCUCUAGUCCUUGAAUGGCGUAUCCCAGUCUCCAGUGUGCCAUCAGAUUUCAUUGAACUAUUCAGGAACACUGUGAGAAAGGUCUUGCUCCCCUACACCAUCACUCAGUCUUUAAAUGUAACAGGCUUAAAUUUCACCACAGGGUGCUAUCCAAACUCCACUGGAGGACUGCAGUGUCACUGUGAGGAGCAGUUUGCUUGGUCAUGUGACCAGUGCAACAUCUACGGUGCGUGCAGCAAUGCCACCAGCCAAACCUGUGGGUGCAUAAAUGGACUUCCGUCUGAUGGAGCGCUCUGUGAACCAAUCACAAAUAUCACACCGUGUCCAACCCCACCUCCUGAAGUCGUUAUAUAUGACAUUGCUCUAGUCCUUGAAUGGCGUAUCCCAGUCUCCAGUGUGCCAUCAGAUUUCAUUGAACUAUUCAGGAACACUGUGAGAAAGGUCUUGCUCCCCUACACCAUCACUCAGUCUUUAAAUGUAACAGGCUUAAAUUUCACCACAGGGUGCUAUCCAAACUCCACUGGAGGACUGCAGUGUCACUGUGAGGAGCAGUUUGCUUGGUCAUGUGACCAGUGCAACAUCUACGGUGCGUGCAGCAAUGCCACCAGCCAAACCUGUGGGUGCAUAAAUGGACUUCCGUCUGAUGGAGCGCUCUGUGAACCAAUCACAAAUAUCACACCGUGUCCAACCCCACCUCCUGAAGUCGUUAUAUAUGACAUUGCUCUAGUCCUUGAAUGGCGUAUCCCAGUCUCCAGUGUGCCAUCAGAUUUCAUUGAACUAUUCAGGAACACUGUGAGAAAGGUCUUGCUCCCCUACACCAUCACUCAGUCUUUAAAUGUAACAGGCUUAAAUUUCACCACAGGGUGCUAUCCAAACUCCACUGGAGGACUGCAGUGUCACUGUGAGGAGCAGUUUGCUUGGUCAUGUGACCAGUGCAACAUCUACGGUGCGUGCAGCAAUGCCACCAGCCAAACCUGUGGGUGCAUAAAUGGACUUCCGUCUGAUGGAGCGCUCUGUGAACCAAUCACAAAUAUCACACCGUGUCCAACCCCACCUCCUGAAGUCGUUAUAUAUGACAUUGCUCUAGUCCUUGAGUGGCGUAUCCCAGUCUCCAGUGUGCCAUCAGAUUUCAUUGAACUAUUCAGGAACACUGUGAGAAAGGUCUUGCUCCCCUACACCAUCACUCAGUCUUUAAAUGUAACAGGCUUAAAUUUCACCACAGGGUGCUAUCCAAACUCCACUGGAGGACUGCAGUGUCACUGUGAGGAGCAGUUUGCUUGGUCAUGUGACCAGUGCAACAUCUACGGUGCGUGCAGCAAUGCCACCAGCCAAACCUGUGGGUGCAUAAAUGGACUUCCGUCUGAUGGAGCGCUCUGUGAACCAAUCACAAAUAUCACACCGUGUCCAACCCCACCUCCUGAAGUCGUUAUAUAUGACAUUGCUCUAGUCCUUGAGUGGCGUAUCCCAGUCUCCAGUGUGCCAUCAGAUUUCAUUGAACUAUUCAGGAACACUGUGAGAAAGGUCUUGCUCCCCUAUACCAUCACUCAGUCUUUAAAUGUAACAGGCUUAAAUUUCACCACAGGGUGCUAUCCAAACUCCACUGGAGGACUGCAGUGUCACUGUGAGGAGCAGUUUGCUUGGUCAUGUGACCAGUGCAACAUCUACGGUGCGUGCAGCAAUGCCACCAGCCAAACCUGUGGGUGCAUAAAUGGACUUCCCUCUGAUGGAGCGCUCUGUGAACCAAUCACAAAUAUCACACCGUGUCCAACCCCACCUCCUGAAGUCGUUAUAUAUGACAUUGCUCUAGUCCUUGAGUGGCGUAUCCCAGUCUCCAGUGUGCCAUCAGAUUUCAUUGAACUAUUCAGGAACACUGUGAGAAAGGUCUUGCUCCCCUACACCAUCACUCAGUCUUUAAAUGUAACAGGCUUAAAUUUCACCACAGGGUGCUAUCCAAACUCCACUGGAGGACUGCAGUGUCACUGUGAGGAGCAGUUUGCUUGGUCAUGUGACCAGUGCAACAUCUACGGUGCGUGCAGCAAUGCCACCAGCCAAACCUGUGGGUGCAUAAAUGGACUUCCGUCUGAUGGAGCGCUCUGUGAACCAAUCACAAAUAUCACACCGUGUCCAACCCCACCUCCUGAAGUCGUUAUAUAUGACAUUGCUCUAGUCCUUGAGUGGCGUAUCCCAGUCUCCAGUGUGCCAUCAGAUUUCAUUGAACUAUUCAGGAACACUGUGAGAAAGGUCUUGCUCCCCUACACCAUCACUCAGUCUUUAAAUGUAACAGGCUUAAAUUUCACCACAGGGUGCUAUCCAAACUCCACUGGAGGACUGCAGUGUCACUGUGAGGAGCAGUUUGCUUGGUCAUGUGACCAGUGCAACAUCUACGGUGCGUGCAGCAAUGCCACCAGCCAAACCUGUGGGUGCAUAAAUGGACUUCCCUCUGAUGGAGCGCUCUGUGAACCAAUCACAAAUAUCACACCAUGUCCAACCCCACCUCCUGCAACAACACCAAUGACAACAACUACAACGCCCAAGACAACAACAACAACACAGGUGAGGAACUUAAAUUUCACCAUGGACCUAGUUUAUGAUUCUACAUACAAUGACCAAAGAAGUGAAGUUUACAGAAACACUAAUAUCUCAAUUCAAGAACAAUGUAAUAAGCACAUCUCAACUCUAGUAUCAGUCAACAUCAUUGGUUUCAAGAGUGGAAGCACCAUCGUUGACUAUACUGUAAGAGCAAACUCUAUAAAUGAUAUGGAAAUUGCUGCAGUAACAUCAGGGGUAUUUACACAGCUGGGAAAAAUAUACCCUGUGAUAUUUGACAGCUCAGCUCCCUUAACGUUUAAUCCACCUUCAGUAAUUUUUGGGGAAAGUGUGACUGUGACAUGUGGCCCUCCACCAAAGGAUCUCAAUUUCAAUACCAUCUCGACUGCAGAGUGGACACUUAAUGGCACUAAAAUACUCGAAGAUAAUGAACAUCACUUUGGAACUGCAAAUGGAGCAGCAACAUUAACUGUGGAACAUUUUUUUAUCACUGAUGUUGGAAGGUAUCAAUGUAUGCUGAAAGACAGUGGGAGCCGUGGAAUAUUCAGACAGAUAUCCAACGGAACAUACACUUUCCAAAACAAACCCUUGAUCCAAGUGAAACCGAUGAAACAACUGGUCCAAUGUGGUGCCGUAACGUCAGUGACACUGCAGUGCUCUGUCAACAGCCCCUAUAAUGUUGUGUUUAAUAAAGAAAAUUCUCCUACAGGCCCAGCCAUCACCUAUCCGUUUCCUAUACCCAGUACCUGUGAAAACCAGAUCGUCACUUGUCAAGUGAUAAACCAUAUGGAAUUUAACAUGAAUAUUAAACUGGUGUUAACCAACGACAAACUUAUAUGUGUCAAUGAUCCUGUGUAUGGUAGUGGAACUCUUAAUUACGUGGCUGAAGCUCCCUGCGAACCAAACUAUGUGGGAGCAAAGACAGCUGUUUGUGGGAGCGAUGGUCAGUGGGGAAAUAAACAAGACAACUGCGUCCUUCAAAUUGUCCAGCAGCUGUUCCAGCAGUCUCAGAACUUGAAUAGCAAUUCAUUGCCAGGAUUCUUGGAAAAACUCAGCUCUGCCACUGUCAGCUUUACUGAGCAAGUGGUUAACUCUCCUGGAACCAUUACCGCCAUUGUUCAAAUACUCAACAAUGUAGCCAAUGUGUCAUUAUCACCAAAUAUCUCAAUAACUGAAACUUCAAUGAAGAACAUCCUAUUAACUGCAGGUGUCCUCACCAUAAAUGGCUCAAAGACAUCAUGGGGCUAUCUGAAUGGCAAUGACACCAGCAACAUUACAGCAACACAAAGAAAAAGUGUCAGCUCAGCAUUUUUGCAGUCCCUUGAGAAUAUAACAAGUCGCCUUACCAAUGACUCUUUCAAUAUUGACACACCUUCAAUUCUCUUGAACAAAACUACAUUUACAAACACUUUCAUGGCUGACUUUGAUUCCUCUGUGGAGAUAGACAUACCAACGUCUGAUGGAAGAAGUAAGUUUAUCACUGUGGUAACAUUUGCCUCAAUGGAUAACGUGCUCCCUGCAAGAGACAAAGGAAAUUCAUCCAUCUACGUCAUCAACGGGAGAGUCAUACUUGUUCAGUCCAGUGGUACCGUCGAUAAUGUUUCGUUCACAUUUGAUAUUAUAAACAAUACUCUGGGGAACGCUCAGUGUGUUUUCUGGAACUUCAGCCUCUUCAGUGGUCUCGGGGGAUGGGACAAUGGGGGCUGCGUGUUGGUAUCCAACAACACCAACGUCACCUGCAACUGCAACCACCUGACCUCGUUCUCUAUCCUUAUGUCACCCUACACCAUAUUUGACAUUGUGUUGGAUUACAUUACCUACAUUGGAGUUGGCAUAUCUAUGGCUUCCUUGGUCAUAUGCCUCAUUAUUGAAGCUAUCAUCUGGAGAAAAAUAAGAAGGAACACCACAUCUUACUUGCGUCAUGUUUCCAUUGUUAACAUCGCUGUGUCUCUCCUGAUUGCUGACAUCUGGUUCAUUAUUGGGGCCGCCAUCUCAGAUGCAAAGAAAGUAAACCAACCAGCAUGCACUGCGGCUACAUUUUUUAUCCAUUUUUUCUACCUUGCCCUGUUCUUCUGGAUGUUAGCCUCAGCUCUGCUGUUGUUCUACCGCACAGUCAGUGUCUUCGACGGGGGUUUAUCUAAAAACUCUAUGUUGGCUAUUGGAUUCUCUCUAGGCUACGGGGGCCCUCUCAUCAUCGCUGUCAUAACUAUAGCUGUAACUGCACCCCAAAAAGCGUACAUCCGAGACGCUGGGGUCUGCUGGCUCAACUGGGAUAAGUCCCAAGCUCUACUGGCAUUUGUGAUCCCUGCACUGACAAUAGUGGUGAUAAACCUGUUAAUCCUGCUUGUUGUGAUUUACAAAAUGUUGAGAAGAAGGGUAGGAGACUCUGCACAAGCAGCUGAAAGACAUGUUAUGGUCAUUAUUGCAAGGAGUUUGGCUGUCCUCACACCAUUUUUUGGAUUAACUUGGGGUCUGGGAGCCGGAACCCUCGCCCACCCAAACAAUAGAGGAAUCAAUAUUUCAUUUGCAUUCUUCAAUUCACUGCAGGGUUUCUUCAUCUUGGUGUUUGGAACGCUGUUGGACAAAAAGGUGUGUGUCUCAAUAUUAUUAUUUUUAACUGCUUACUUAAUUAAAUGGAAACUCUAA